UUAUAUAAGAAAUAUUUUAAUUUUGUUUUGUUGGUAGUACCACCAUUAAAGCGUAGACUUGAAGACCACUGUUCAAACCAAUUAAAGUCCCCUUCAAUUUCUCUUCCUUUUCUCUCUCCUACCACCAUUUCUGCAUUUGAAGUUAUUCCAUUCCAAGGAUAUGGGUUGAGUCGUCACUUAUAUUGUCCUUGAGGAACUAGUCAGAUAAUCUUCUCUUUAAUUAUGAAAUUUGGUCUUACAGAUUUCCGCUCUGAGAAGAUGCCGCUAAAUGAUCUGAAAUCGAUUACAUAAAUGCGUUCAAUGAUCUGGUUCAUGCCUGCUUUCAAAUAUCAGUCUUUGUGUGAUAGCUUUAUGUCGUCUCAUUGUUCCUGGCUUCAUGUGCUUUUUAGUUUGAGACUGCACCUUCACGUUUAAGCUCCACUUUGCUGAUUGACUCUCUUUGUUGGAGCUAAUGAUGAAAGACAUGAAGAAAUGGUAUGCGGGUAUUAUAGUUUCUUCUAUCUUCAUGUUGCUGGUGCUGCGAUACACCAUCAUGCAAAAUCCCAUAGGGCAAAGUUCCUUUACUGGUUCUUUAUCUUUCAAUACAACUAAUCCAUUUGAAUGGGUUAAUACUAAUCCUCUUGAAUGGAUAAGCUCUACUGGCGCACCUGAUGUUCAAAGUCCUAAAAUUGCUUCCCAAGUAAUUCCAACAGAUACUCUGAUCUCCGGUCUCUUUGUUCGAAGGAACCUUACAAAGGAAGAACAUCAUUCUUUGCUGACUUGGAACCAGCUGAAGCACCUAAUUAAUAAUUCUCAGGCUUUGCCAAAUGCAGUAGAAGCCACUAGAGAAGCUUCACAUGCAUGGAAUGGCCUUAUGACUGUGAUUGAAGAAGAAAAGCUUCACGUAAAUGAUAGCACUUCCAUGAAAGCAAAAGAGAAACAGUGUCCGCACUAUCUUAAGAGGAUGAAUGACUUAGAAUUUAACAAUAGUAAUUUUAGGUUAGGGGUGCCUUGUGGAUUGACUCAAGGUUCUUCUGUUACACUUAUUGGCAUUCCAAAUGGCCUUCUUGGUAACGUUCGGAUUGACUUAACCGGGGAACAUAUACCUGGAGAGCCAGAUCCACCUAUUAUACUGCACUAUAAUAUCAGGCUACAUGGAGAUCAGAUAACAGAGGACCCUGUUAUUGUUCAAAACACCUGGACUGCUGCACAUGAUUGGGGUGAAGAGGAGCGCUGCCCAAAUUCUGAGACCGACAGUAAUAAGAAAGUGGAUGAGCUUGAUCAGUGCAAUGAAAUGGUGGGGAAGGAUGUCAAUCAAACAUUAAAGGCGUUAACACAUGUGAAUGGUUCCAAUGGAUCUUCACAGGUUCAUGAUGGAUUCAAAAGACGGCGAUACUUUCCUUUUAGACAGGGCUAUCCAUUUGUUGCAACACUUAGGGUUGGGUCAGAGGGAAUUCAAAUGACAGUUGAUGGGAAGCACAUAACUUCCUUUGCUUAUCGUGAGACGUUGGAACCUUGGCUUGUUAGUGAAGUUAGAAUUUCUGGAGAUCUGCAGUUGAUUUCAAUCAUUGCAAGUGGUCUGCCAACAUCUGAGGAUGUGGAGCAUGUUCGUGAUCUGGAAACUCUGAAGGCUGUUCCAAUUCCACAUGGAAAGUCUUUAGAUCUAUUUAUUGGGGUUUUCUCUACUGCUAACAACUUCAAGCGUCGAAUGGCUGUUCGAAGAACAUGGAUGCAAUAUCCAGCAGUGCGCUCUGGAUCAGUUGCAGUGCGCUUUUUUGUUGGUUUGCAUAAAAACCAAAGAGUAAAUGAGGAGCUGUGGAAUGAAGCCCGUACUUACGGAGAUGUGCAGUUGAUGCCAUUUGUAGACUAUUACAACCUGAUUACGUGGAAGACUGUGGCCAUCUGUGUUUUUGGGACGGACGUUGUUUCAGCAAAAUAUGUCAUGAAGACAGAUGAUGAUGCUUUUGUUCGUGUUGAUGAAGUAAUAGCUUCCUUGGAUAGGAUAAAUGUAACCCGUGGAUUGCUUUAUGGGCUCAUUAACUCUGACUCACGACCUCACCGGAGUCCCGACAGUAAAUGGUUUAUUAGUAUUGAGGAAUGGCCUGAAGAAACUUACCCACCUUGGGCACAUGGUCCUGGUUAUGUUAUAUCGCACGACAUUGCAAAUGCAAUCUCUAAGAGACAUCAAAACGGGCAACUAAAGAUGUUUAAAUUGGAGGAUGUAGCAAUGGGAAUCUGGAUUGCUGCGUUGAAGAAAGAAGGGCUUGACGUCAGGUAUGAGAAUGAAAUGAGAGUCUAUAACGAGGGAUGCAAGGAUGGUUAUGUUGUCGCGCACUAUCAAGGUCCGAGAGACAUGCUGUGUUUAUGGCAAAAACUUCAAGAAACAAAGCGUGCUUUCUGUUGUGGAGAUGGUAUGAGCUAAGUAAGAAAUUUUGCGAUGUGUGACUGACUGUAACAAUCAACCAACCAACCAACCAACCAACCAUUGCGUUUGCAUAGAUGUAGGUUUAGGAUUGCAUAUAUAGGAGGCAUUACCAUAUUCUUUUACCUCUCAUCAUUCUUUGAGUUUGAGGGCGAGUAGCUGCUUUCUGUGGAUUUGGCCAUAUUUCGGCUUGUAUCAUAUUUGAGUCAUAUGCAUUAUGCCAGGGAGAAGCAUUAAGCAUAUGUUAUCACUGUAUAUAAUUAGAUGCUGUAAAAACAUAAUGCUAUUAUUAUAUGAAAUAGUGAAUACCCUUUUCUCCCA